AUGGUCGCAUUGGCUGCCAUUGUCAACAAGGGCGUGCCCGGUGAUAAGAGCAUCAGCCUCUUCUACAACACUGGCAAGGCCCAGCUCGCCCUCUCCCUUAGGUCCGGCACCCAGGACGACGAUGACCCAACCCAGGCCUGGGCAGCCGACGCCGACGACUAUGACGGCUACAUACUCAACCCAUCCACCAUGGGAGGCGCCACCUAUCGUGGCCGCGAGUUUGUCAUUGCCGUCACCAUGCCCAAGCUUGACCCAGGGGCGCCCCCAUUCAGCCGCAUCUCCAUCGUCUCGCCCGUCUACCAGAAGCUGGUCAACAUCCAACUGGAAAACAACAACGUCGCCGUGUGCUCAUCCGACGAUGACGCCUGGGUGUAUUUCGUCACUGGUACGGGGUCGAAGCCGAGAGCAUUGAAGGAGGUCAAUAUCGCGACCGGUAGCCAAGUGGAUCUGCCUGCCGUCCAGAAUGCCUUUGCCAACUCUUCACUUGCUGCUUGGUACGACCCUGUGGAGAAGAAGCGUCACGUCGUUUUCGAGUCUAGCGCUCUCAUGGAAUACAUCGUCGGCGAUGCCUCAGGUGCAACGGGGAACAUGAAACGAAACACGUCCAUUGCCGUUUCGUAUUGGGAUGGCAAGGCAUACCUCUACUACUACGAUGGCACCUAUGCCGUCCAGCGAAUCGUCAAGAAUGGCACCUGGGGUGGCGCGCAAGCUGUGGCGAACUGUCCCAAAAUCUCAGAGGACAGUCAGAUUGCCGUCGUGCCAGCAAAUGGGAUCAAUCAUCUCUUCUUUGUGGCCAAGGACUCUGGAGCGGCCGAGUCUGACUUUUUUACUCACGUCCGCGACCCGAUGUAG